AUGGCUUCCUGGCUUCGUAGCUGUGCUUCCGCACUGCGGCGCCUCCCCCGAAGGGGCAUCGAGGAAUUCUGGCAAGGGGGCGUGCGAGAUCCGCUCAUCAAUGCCGCGCAGAAGCAGGAGUGGGCCAAAUCUGGCGAUCCAUGGCCAGCAGUGCUACUGCGUCAGAAGUCUUUUGAGGAUAUGCACAAGCUUUGGUAUGUCCUCCUCAAGGAGAAAAACUUCUUGCUUGCCGAGCAGCACGAGGCAAGGCAGAAUCGGGUUCGAUGGAAACAUCAUGGCCGUCUCAAGAAGGUCAAACUCUCCAUGAAGCGCAUUCUUACGGUGCUCACGCGUCGCGAGAUCCAUCAGCAGGUGCUCCGGUCCAAAGAGAUGCUACUGCAGCAGACGCAGCGAGAAGAGUUGGAGACGCAACGCUUCCAGCUGGAAGAGUCCAUGAAGGGCCUCCGAUGGAAGAUACGCCGAGCGGAGCCCCGAGAUUCCAUGGCGACCCAAGCGUGGAAGGCCACCCUGCAGAAGUACGAGGCGGAUCACGAGCGUUUGCUGAGGGAGCUGGUGCCAUUGAGAAGAGACACCAUGCAGCUGCUUUCACCUGACUGGAGGUUUGCGCGCAAGUACUCGGAUCUACCUGGAGCCAUCAAUUGGAAGAGGCCGAGGGAACCGGGAGAGACGAAGCAGAACCGGAAGGAACCGGAGGAGCUUUGUGGAGAACUGGGCGGCUGGGGAAGCCAUUCUGGGAAAUACUCUUGGAAGUUCCAAGGCGUGGGCGUGACGCGACGUCAGAUAGGGAAGGUGGGCGAAGAAAGCUUCGCUUUGGUCGACUGGUCCGACGAUUUGGUGCAGAUUCUGAGGAUGAGAUGGAAGAGCUCUGUGCCCAAGAUAUUGAUCGAGGGCAAGAACUUGCAGAAGAAGCAGCUUCUGAUGAGGGGGACCAACGAGACUGCACUGAUCCUUGAACGGCUGAUCUUAACAACAGGCUUUGGCCAGACCGACAAGCCGGCGGUUGAGCAGCUCUUGCUGCGAGUGCGCAGCGUGAAGCAAGUGCGGGCUCCAGCACGCCGCGUGCUGACGGCCAGCCUGAACUCAGCGAAUGUGCCACUGCCACCUGCCAACCCCAUGUUGCGGAUGCUGAAUGGUCGGCUCUCCCUCUACGAAGCCUUAACUGCAAGGGGCUCCCAGCUUCUCCCAGCUCUGUUCGGCAGCGUGUUGAACGGGCCUGGCACCGUGGAGCCUCCCAGGUCACUGGUGACAGGGACUCAGAUCGGAUCCGCUGGGCUGCGCGUUCGACCGACCCUAAGGUUCAUCAAAGAGCGAGGGGGGCGACUGCCUGCCCAUUUGGCUUCCAGCGCCGGGACCCACAUGGCCUUGCAGCUCUUAGUGAGGCUUCUGCAGCUCGCACCAGCCACGCUUCUUAUCGAAGAUGAUGAGGGCGCCACGCCAUUGGGUUUGCUUGCACGGGCACCGCUCUUGCAGAAGGCUUUGACCUGCGCAGCAGCCCUUCCGCAGCAAACCACGCGGCUCUUACAGCAGUCACCAGAGGCUGCCCGUGCGUGGCGUGUCCUGGCCAGCGCUGGGGGCGGCCGAGCAGCUUUGCUCUUGGCACCGGAGCGGAUGGACGAGAGCUUAGAAGACCUGACUUGGCAGGCUGAAGAGCGUGAAGGGCAAGCAGCGGCCCGGCUGAGACAGGGCUUGCAGCGGAUCAUGGUCCUGCAGAGCAUCGCCAGCGUCUCGGAACAGAAGAUCGAUGCCUUGGAGCCUCAGGAGCUUCGGCUUCGACUUGCCCACUUGGAGAAGGUCGCCCAGCAACAGCGGGAGGAGGCGUCGGCCGCAUCGGCGCUGCUGGAAGCAGAGAACCGACAAUUGAAGCGAAGCCUGGCAGACAAAGAGGAAGCUGACGCGAAGCUCGGCCACUUUGAAUCGCACGAGCGUGCAGUGAUCGAGGACAUUCGCAAGGCACCUGCGUCUCGCUACCCUACCAUUACCGGUGGGCAGGAUCUGAGACGAGGCGUGCUAGAAAUGAGACGCUCUCUCACAGCAGCUGUGGAUCGCUUGGCCCGAGACCUGUAUGAGUCGCAGGCACACUUUCUUCAGGAGCUGCUACAGAAUGCUGACGACAACAACUACACGGAGGGCAUUCUGCCGAAACUCGACUUGGUGCUCCGUGGCAGGCCGCCCGACUCGCACCUGGCACCAUAUUUCUUUGCAGCCAAUAACGAGGUUGGCUUGACCGAGGUGGAUGUGCGCGCUUUGUGCGAUAUCUCGAGGUCUUCAAAGACACAGGCUGGGACGACCACGGGCUACAAAGGAGUGGGCUGGAAAUCCGUCUUCCGCGUGUGCGAAACGCCCCAUGUGCUAUCGCAGAAAUGGCGUUUCAGAUUCUCAUCCAGUGGAUUGGGCAUGUUAACACCCACCUGGCUCUCAGAGGAGGACCUUCGACGCCUCCCCUCGGAGGUCCUCGACGCCCACCAGAGGGGUGAAACGGUGUUUUACCUUCCUUUGGCAGAUCCAGGCUCCUCUUUGCCAAGUAUUCGCACAGAAAUGCAGACAAUGGAAGCUGACUUUGCACAGCUUCUCUUCUUGAGAAGAGUGAUGCAAAUCAGUCUUCGCGGUGAUUUCACUGCCAACGCGGGCGAUUCCAUGGUAGUGAUGUCCGCCCAGCUAUCCCACACGGGCCUGCGUACAAGCACCAGUUGUCAAGUUUUCAAGAAGGAAGAGCACAGCUACGGCCUGGAAAGUGAGCAGACGACCUCAUUUGAGGUGAAUAGUCAUGAAGAUGUGGUGGUUGCUUUGCCACUGGUUGCUUAG